UUCUCGCCAAAGUCACCUUGAGGCAGUUGAGGCGCAAAGAGUGUGAGAGAGAGUGCGAUUUGUUUAUUCUCUCUCAGGUUUAGGGUUUGUGAAGAUGGGUGAGAGGUUGACAGGGAAGGUUAAGUGGUUCAAUGACACCAAGGGUUUCGGCUUCAUAACCCCUGACGAUGGCGGCGACGAUCUGUUCGUCCACCAGUCCUCGAUCCGAUCCGAGGGUUUCCGCAGCCUAGGUGACGAGGAGGAGGUCGAGUUCCAGAUCGAGCAGGGAUCUGACGGCCGCACCAAAGCCGUUGAUGUCACUGGACCAAACGGUGAGCCUGUUCAGGGAAGCACCCGCGGAGGCGGAGGCGGCGGCGGUGGUAGAGGCUCUCGUGGAGGCGGCGGCGGUGGCUACGGAGGGGGUGGUAGUUAUGGUGGAGGAUAUGGUGGGAGAUCUGAUCGAAGUGGUGGUGGGGGCGGUGGAGGAUAUCGCUCUGGAGGUGGAGGCUAUGGCGGCGGCGGCGGUGGUGGUGGCUGUUAUAGUUGUGGGGAGUCGGGACAUAUGGCUAGGGAUUGUCCUCAGGGAGGUAGCGGUGGCGGCGGUGGCCGAUAUGGAGGUGGAGGCGGCAGUGGUGGCGGCGGUGGCUGCUACAACUGCGGUGGUUCUGGUCACUUUGCUAGGGAGUGCCCAAACAGCGCUCGUUGAGUGAAGGAGGUUGGUUGGUUGAGUGUGUAUCUACACAUUUGACUUACCUCUCUUUUCAGUCGUCUUCGGGUCUGCUUUAGUUUCUUGCUUGGUUUAGGUAUUAUGUUUGGCCUUUUUUUUUGUUGCUUUCAAGGAUUAUCUUGUUAUUGUUGGGUCUUUAUUUUUGAUUUGGUUUCUUAGGCUUUUAAUCGGAUCGUUUGAACUUUUAUGGGUUAUGGCAUGGCUUUUGUUGAAGUAAGAGAUGAGUAGUAGAUGGUGAAAAUGCUUUUUUGUGAGCUCUCUCUGUAAUCAAGUGUUGAUAACACAGAAUUAUAUACAUGCUGGUUUGAUCCUUUCCUUAUGAUCUU